AUGUCCUUGAAUUUGCCUCUGGAUAUUCUUCCGGUUAUUAUUGAACAUGUUACCCCUCGAGACCUGAAGAACGUCUGUCUCGUCAAUUCUGUCUUCCACGGCAUUGCUGUCCAGCUCCUCUACGAUAGAAUAUCGAUUUAUUCAUGGCAUAAGAACGGGAAGGCGAAGGCGAUAAUGUUGUUCACAAGCCUUUCAAUGUGUCCCCAUGUCGCAAAACAUGUUCAUCGACUCGAAAUUCGUGCCUUUCCUCGCGUGAUUUCAAUGGACACAGAGGCCGAGCAGGCUCGAGUGGUGGCGAAAGGCAUACGAAAUUGUAUCAAUCUCUCAGCUUUUGUUUGGACAAGGGAUGGUACACUGAGAAACGAGAUACUGUUAGCGUUACGACAUUGCUCGUGUUUGAGAGCUCUGGAAAUUAAUGGACACAACCAAGAAUACUACGACCCGAAUAUUCUGCUCCAGUUCGACUGUAUUCGCAAGAUAUCCUUGAUCAUGCCGAGUGCGGCGGUCGUUCAAUCCUUGGAUCCUUGGCUCAUGAGAACAGGGAAAACAUUAAGAAGUUUGACCCUCAUUUGCAAGGCCACUUCCAUAAUAACAGACCACACUCUGGAAGCUCUGGCACCGAAUCUCUGCCAUUUGGAGGAUCUUCAUAUCACUGGUUGUCCCAAAGUCACAAACCGAGGGAUAUUCUCUGUCAUAUCACAAAAUGUUAAAGGGAUCUUGAGUUUAGGGAUCGAAGGGCUUUCCUCAAAAUUCGAUAUGGCUGUAUUCCGUCGGGAUUGUUAUCAGAGCAGAGCAUUAUCCCACCUGAGAUCUAUCACGUUGACCAUUCACCAACAAAUACUCGUGGAAGAUUGGAUGAAGCAAGUCGCUGAUCUUUUGUCACCUGAAAUCCCCCUUGAGGCAUUCAAUAUUUACUCUACCGGCGCAUUUUUCGAAUCCCCUAUCACGUCUCAGUUCUGGGAGAAUAUUGUGGCCGCUCACCAAGAUCGUCUGGUGAGGGUUUCGGUGCAUCGGAUGCUGAUCAGCCUGCGUUCAAUUGGCGAAAUAUGUAGAAGGUGUCGGAAAUUGGAACAAUUAUUUAUCGUUAUCGAACCAGGUUUACUUAGCCAGCUUGGCGAUCACCUUUCACAAGCUCACGUUCUUCGAACAAUGCACAUCAACUACCCCUUGAUAGAUGCUUCACAGUCUCAAGCUGAGCCGCCUGUCAUGUCACCGACUGAAGCGCUCAAGCUUGUGGAACAGUGUAGCUCAACAAUUUCUCAGUUUGGAUGCAACACACGAGUUUGGAAGGUUGAGAGGGAAAUCGUCAUCGAUGAGAAGGGAAUCCCUAUCGGCGUUCGCAGACAACUUGCCCGGUAUGACAGUCCCGACAUACCUGAAGCCUUCCUUGUUGUCCGCACUUAA